UGACAGCCCCGACUGUGUUAUCGUUAUCGGAACUCACUGCUUGAAACGUGCGCGAUUUCUUGUUCAUUCAUAAAGAUAAAUAAAUAAAAACCCGGUAUGAAAUUCGCGAUUGAAAGAAUCACUAAGAAUUCCGGCCGCCUGGGACAACUCCGUAUUAGAGACGGUGGCCCCGAGCUGAGGACGCCGCUCCUAAUGCAGACCACCAAAGGCGGCAGCAUUCCAUGGCUCAGUGCUGAUGUGUUCGAGAGCCAUGUUAGUCAGAGGCCACAAGUGCUACAGUUCACUCUGUCCACAAUGGAUCAAAUGGCCGAGGCCCUGGCCCAGUGGAACAGCGGAGACCGGGGAGUUAGCGAUUAUGUAGGUUUCCCUGGCAACCUUAAUGUCCUCCUCCUGCGAGAUCCCUGUGAAACGACGCCUUCGGGUGGCAAUGAUCGGGACAUACUGCCGUUGUUCACGCGCAGGGGAAGGGAGUCCCUGACCCCAGAGCGCUACAUGGAAAUGGUGGCCAGCAUCAAGCCAGACAUCUACCAAGGACUCUGUGAUGCCGACACCAAUGCGGAGAGUGCCAAGAAAAGAGUGCAAAAAUCGGUGGACAGAACGGAGAAGUUCAUGCAUUACAUCUACGAGCAACGCGGAAAGGUGCAGUCCUCUUUGCUUGCUCCCAUCGUUGGCGGCUACAACACCUUCGCCCGGACGCAGUCGAUCAAGCAUGCAAGGGAACAACCGGCGGAUAGCUACGGGGGCUAUAUCUUGGAGGGAUUCCACACGAAUGGCUUGACAGCAACGACCCUAGACACUUCCAAACUGCUUCCCAUUGUGGAACACUGUGUAAGGCAACUGGAGGAGGACAAGCCGCGAAUGGUUCCCGGCGCCUUUACCCCCUUAACCACACUGGAGCUCAUCGAGCAGGGGAUGGAUAUAUUUGACACCUCCUAUGCCUAUUGUGCCUCUCUCAACUUUAAAGCCUUAACAUUCAGCUUUGUGCAGGACAGCAAGACGCACGUGGCCUUCUUGGAUGUCACUGACGACGCCAACAAGGAGAAUUUCUCGCCGCUACUGAGGAACUGCAGCUGCCUGACCUGCUUGAAGCACACGCGUUCCUACCUGCAUCACCUGUACAAGACUAACGAGCUUCUCGGUCCCAUUUUACUGAUGAUUCACAACCUGCAUCACUACAUAUCCUUCUUUGAGGCAAUACGCGAAAGUAUGGCCAAGGACAAGCUGCCAGAACUGACGGAACUGGUGAGGAAGCAGAAUGGUGACGCCCAAGUGGAUUACAGCAUUGCCGCCAACACCAAAGUCAUCAGUAAAGCCACCAUGGGCAAGGGAUUCGCUGCGGCUAUGUGAUACCAUAAUCAAGAAGUAAAUUAAGUUCCUAAACGAAA